GCUCCGGCUCCGGUCCCGGUGGGGAGCACCAUGCUGGCCACCCGGUUGUGCACCAUGAGGAAGCUUCCUUCUGUUCUGGCUAGGAAACUCACUUCUGGGACCAGUGGCUCCCCAGUGCUUCCUGACAUGUCUGAAGGACACUUACCCAUUCAUGUGAAUAAUGUGCGGAGCAGAUUGAGGGAUAUAGUAGGAGCAUCUACCAACUGGAGGGAUCAUGUGCAAGCAAUGCAAGAAAGAAAAGCUCUUCAUACUUUACUGGCAAAACGGCAGGAAGAUCUCCCUCCUAGGAGAAUGAAGGAUAGCUACUUGGAAGUUAUUCUACCUCUAGGAAGUCAACCUGAAAUAAGAGAAAAGUACCUGAAUGUACACAACAGUGUAAGGUUUGGAAGGAUACUUGAAGAUCUUGACAGUUUAGGAGUUCUUAUUUGCUACACUCACACCAAGCAGGAAACGCAGCCAAGGUCUCCCUUAUCAAUAGUUACAGCUCUGGUGGAUAAAAUCAAUUUGUGCAAGAAGAUUAUAUAUCCAGACUGUGACAUCAAAUUCACAGGCAAUGUUUCUUGGGUUGGGAGGACGUCCAUGGAAGUGAAGAUGCACAUGCUGCAGCUGCAUGGUGGUGAUUACAGCCCAGUGUUAGAUGCAACCUUUGUCAUGGUGGCCCGGGAUCCAGAGAAUAAACGGCCAGCAUUUGUUAAUCCACUCAUUCCUGAGACCCCUGAGGAAGAAGAAAUCUUCAAGCAAGGGGAAUUGAACAAGCUGAAGAGGAUUGAUUUCAGCACUGCUUCCUUACUGAAAAUGGCUCCCACUGCAGAAGAAAGAAACAUUGUUCAUGACAUAUUCCUUAAUACAUUGGACACAAGGACAGUAAGUUUCCGGAGUCGUAAAUUACCACCCAAUUCAGUGUGGAUGGAAGAUGCAAAGCUAAAAGGCCUACAGAUUUGCCAUCCUCAGGAACGGAACAUCUUCAAUAGGAUCUUUGGGGGUUUUCUCAUGAGAAAGGCAUUUGAACUAGGAUGGGCAACUGCUUGCAGCUAUGGGAGUUCCAGACCUUUUAUUGUAUCCGUUGAUGAUAUCAUGUUUCAGAGGCCAGUUGAGGUUGGGUCCUUAUUACUGCUUUCUGCACAGGUCUGUUACACAGAAAAAAACUACAUCCAGGUUCGAGUACACAGUGAGGUUUAUGAUGCAGAUACCAGGGAGCACCAGACAACCAAUAUCUUCCAUUUUACAUUUAUAUCAGAAAACGAGGUCCCACGGGUCAUCCCCAAAACUUAUGGAGAGUCCAUGUUGUAUUUAGAUGGAAAGCGACACUUUGCUGCCAUCAUGAAAGACAUCUGACACACGUUGAACACUGCAUCAGCAGUGUAGCAGCAUGCUGUCUUGGAAGGAGUUGGCACCAGAGAUGGCUGACAGACAGGUGCUUACAAUACUAAAAAAACCCAGCCCAGAACAAAACACCAAACCCCACAACAAAAAAAAACUUUCAAGUGCUAUUUAUGUAUUUGCAUAUAUUUGGAUUUUUAUUCUCUGCUACUAGGAUUUGUUGAAAUCUACUUUUACACGCUGAUGCUAGGAAAAAAGGCUGAAAAGAUGCAAUCUUAAGCAUUAGAUAGCUUCUCUUUGCUUUGAGAUAUCUCAUUACAACCUUUGCUGUCUUGUCACCAUCUACCUUCUUUCCCUUGGUAGCUCUCCUUUGUGUUUCCCUGAUAAGGGAUAGAAGUUCUAUCAGAAAAAUGUGUGCAAUAAGUAGAUACACACAGAUGAAGCCAUUUGACCUACAUUCUUGUGAAAUUAGGCUUAGGGUCAUCUUUUUUUUUUAAC